AUGACGCCAACCCGAUUUCCGGAACGUCGUGGAAAUAGUGUUUAUGAGUGUGAAUUGCUAUGUGUGCAGACGGAAGGGCAGAAGUGCCCCCCCUUCCAGCCCCCGUGGGGCGCAGCCCUGCCCCCCGGCCCCUCGGGCCCUGGUCCUGAGAGCAUCCUGUCCUCGACGUCGCUAGUUCCGGGCCCAGGGCCGGGGACGCAGCCAACCACUGGCCCUGGCAGAGGAGCUGCCCCCACCGCAUCCUCUCAGCUGUGGCUCCUCCCCAGCACCGCCGUGGGGCCCCAGGCCAGUUCGGGACCUGAGAAUGUGGCAGGAGCCCAAGGGGACAGUGAGGCAGUAACUUCUGCCAGGCCGGGUGCCCGGCCCUCGCUGGUGGCAUGGGCGCUCGGCCGGGCAGGCUCCUUCGAGCUUGGGCUGGAGCUGGCAGGGUUUGACCUUAGUCCAGUGGCUGAGCUCCUGGGACCCUCCACACCCCCAUCUAACAUCCCCGGCUCGUUGACGCACCAGGUGGCCACAGCUGCGAGAGUGACCCCAGCGGGUCUCACGCCAUCCUGCGGGUUGGCAGGCCGAUCGGGGGCAGCUUAUGUCAAGUACCCGGUUCGCGCCUCGUGCUCAAUAAGCCCCAUACGGCUGCACGUGGGUCAGCGCAGCUACAGAACGUUCCAUUCUGUUGGAACGCGUCCAUCUAGACCGUUCGCCGAGCUGUCACUCUGGCCCCUCCGGAACUCCCUGCCUCUGUUCCCCGCUAUAGAGUCCACGCGGUGGCUCCGAGCUCCCAGGCCGGGGUCGAGAGCACGCGGCGCGCGUGGCCCCGGGGAGCCGGCGGGCGGCACGGCUCGGUACAAGGGCACCAUAGCGCGGGCCGGCCGGGCCCUGCACCCGCUCAACCAGCGCGAGAAGCAGAAGGCGCACACGGGGGUCCUGAGGCGGCGCAUAGCCGAGGAGACCAUCAGCAAGCCCAAGGUGGGCCGGAAGUGCGCCCACUGCGACGCGAUGGAGGCCGAGCUGAAGCGGAGCACCGCGGGGCUGCUGACCCUGCACGACGUGAAGGCGCGGCUGGAGGCCCUGGCGCGCCAGCGCGAGAUGCAGUGGGCGCAGCGCGAACGGCGGGAGCGGCGGCGGCGCCGGCAGCUGGACGACGACGGCGACGAGGACCCCGAGGGGGGCGACCCCGAGGGCAAGGACGCGGCCGUGGACACGAGCUUCCUGCCGGACCGCGAGCGCGAGGAGGUAGAGGCGACGUCCAGGGCGGCCCGUGGGGCCGCGGAGGCCCGGAUCCGGCCGCACGACCACCCCUUCUACGACCUGAGGGUGGCGCCGACGCGCGGCAAGGAGGGGCCGCGCUUCACCGUAGACGUGCACGACGACGUGCGGCUGCGCAGCGACGCUCUGGAGAACAACGAGUCGCCCGCGGACAAGGCGGCGCCGCGCAGCAGGCGCGGGAAGAGCCAGCGCCUCUUCCCCACCCGCCGCCGGGAGCCCUACGAGCCCGAGAAGCGCUGGGACGGCUGCACCGUCCGGCGACGCCAAGUCCGCUCCCCCGCCAGCGCGCUCCGGUGGCCUUGGCCUCUGCCCUGGAAUUCAGUCAAGACCGACCGAGGCUUGGCGCUGUGCGGAUGUGGUCCUUCUGUGGCUGGUGUUCUUCUCCGUCGUUGGGUGGGUUUCGGAGUGCUUCUAAGGUUGCCUGGCUCUGCUGGGCCGGGUGGAAGCCUCGCCGGGCGCGCGGUGGACGGCAGUGAGGGUCAAGGCUGCUCUGACCUGGGUCACAGCGUUGUGGCCAGGAGUCGUUGUCAUGGACUUGGUCCCCAAGCCCCCAGACUGUCGGGGUUCGGGUCCCAGCCCGGCUUCUUACUUGCUGUGUGAUUUGAGGCAAACUGAUGGAAACUCCGUGCGUCAGUUCCCUCUCCUAUAAAUAGGGGUAACCAUAGCACUGGAGAUCAAAGCGAGGAUGAAAUGAGUCUGUAUUUGUCAAACACUUAGACCUCAAUAAAUACCUGCUCUUAUUCUUCUGUUGUUGGUUAAUUUAUUUGAAGCAGUUUAUAUGGCCCAUUUCAGAACCAUCUGAGGGCAAAGGCGGACCUGCCCAUCACUUUUUCCCGGUAUCAGGGGAGCAGCCCUGCCCUGGGUGUUCCUCAGCUUGGCCACUUAGCCCCAGGGGUCAGGGGAACAGAAAGUUGGUGCAUGUGUGCGUGUGUGUGCGCG